CUUUUCUAUUGGAUUUGGCAUUGCCUUUGGGCGAAAGUAAGAUUCUUAUAUAAUGCAAGAGCAAGAAGACGCGCCGUUUUUCUUCUGAGUGUGGGCCUCAGUAAAAAACUUCAAGUGAGUAUAAAACUUCCCCCCGCAUAUUGACUUUUUUCUUUCGAAGCUACGGUUCGUAAAUUGCUCCGCUUUAUUUUUUCCAACUCAUCGGGAUAUCAGUACCUUCCUCAAUUUCUAUUUCUUGAAUUCGAGAAGUAGUAAAAUUCAAGUAUUAGUAUUAGUUCUUCGUGUUGCAAGUUGGUCACUCCUUCUGUCAACAAAAACUAUUAUCACACAUCACCCCACAGAACGAGAAGUAUGCUGCUGUUCUUGCGAACGAGCACAGCCGGCUGGCUUGCCUGCUGUUUGCUUCGCUGUCCGUUCUCUGCCGCUGCCAGGGUUCUUUCCGGCGAAACAACAUCUGCAUCAAGUACAAGUGGGAGCACCUCGGAAACCGCGCCCGCGCGUGCUGGGAAGGACAGUGCUGGUGCUCGUGUUUUGCGCAGUGUCAAUAUCGUGUCGAACAUCCUUUCGUAUGCAGAUGGUGUGGUAUCACGGGACCAGCUGCUGUUGCGGGACCGAGCACAAAAAAGGCUCAAGGAUUAUAGACAGCGAGGAGGAUUCCCACUACGCCUGCUGGCCCAAUUUCUGAAAGGCGUGCUGAAUAUUUAUAAAGGGCCCCAGCCGAUGCCGAGUGGCGGCAAGAAGUUGGCGCACCGGAAGAAGUUGGCGCAGCACCGGGAGAAGUUGUCGCACCGGAAGAAGUUGGCGCAGUUGAACCGCAAUACACGUGCCAUCAUCCGCCCGCCCAAAGCGCUGGACGCAGAGUAGACGUAUGCUUGCCGCCGUUGGGGCAAGCACGCGCCAACGGAGGCCUUACUGAAAAAUACCUGGGUGACUGAAGAUUCUGAAGGUUUGGAUGGUAUGGUUCUCUAUCCGGAGGAGUACUUCGUGAAAGGCAAAGGGCCAGCGAACGAGGGGCAUCAGCACUGGGAGUUUACGGGAGAUUUGAGCCAUCUCGGAGACUCGAUCCACAGAGACGCCUUUCCCCUGAUUUUCGCGGCGGAGAAUGAGCUGAGAGAGUCCUCGACUACCCGGGUCGGGUUCCGAGGCUUAUCGGAAAAGGAGCUAGCGGCUGCUUAUCUGCGGCAUCAAACCCCCCUUCCCAGUGACCAUGUAGUUCCUGCUUCGCUGCUGACGGAGGAGCCGUACUUUGAGGCGCGCGGGCUGAAUUAUUAUCCCUCGGAAUAUCCACGACGGAUACCGCCUCAUGAUACGGUUGAUGAAGACCUUGUGUUGAAGUUCUCCGCUACACCCUUCAGCAGCGCCGCUCUGAAGCGCCUUCUGGAUCCGCAGAAAAAUCGUUCCCGGGGGCGAUACUACUUCCCGAAAAAUUGGCUCAUUGCAGAGGGAGAAGGGGUGUUCACCUUCAUCCGUUGCGGAGAGCCUUCAGACUACAUCAAAAAGAGGGACUACUUCGACACUCCUGGUUGCGAAGCGACCGUCUGCUUGCCCGCGGGAGCGGAAGAAGAACUUGUCGCGGCGCGCCCGCCAAACACAGACGAGGAUUAAGCGCCGUAGUUAAAAACUACCUGCGAGGAGUACCUUAUCAACGUAUUUUAAGGUCUAGAUUUAUUAAGAUGGUGCUCGUGCUGGCGGCCGCUGGUGUGCACCUAGGUUUGUUGUUCAGAGCUAUUUAUACGAGUCUUGUGGGAAUACUAACUAACUAACUUAUUUAUGUGCUUUCGUCGUGUAUGAAGAUUUAGGUCCUUAUGAACACGAAGAAGACCUCCACCUCCACCUCCUGGAAUGUGAUUGUCAGCAAAGUGCCCAAUUGCUGUAGCGUCUUUCAUACGCCUUCUGAAGUCAAUGGGAACUACUACACCGCUGAAAGGGAGCAGCACGAUGAACUAGACUGCUGAAAGGGCAGGGAGAUGACGGAAAAUAAAAACUUCUUC